AUGGCAGUCCCUUCAUUUUCUCCGGAAGAGGCAAACAUCAUCGCAAAAAUUAUUCCUCGAGACGCCGAGUCUCUCGGUGCGGAAGCUGCUGUGGAAGCUUUUGAACCAGCUCGAUUAUCACCAAAGAUUCUAGCGAGAGUAUGGGAUAUUGCCGAUGAAGGAGCAAAGGGUCAUCUUUCACGAAUUGAGGUCGGAGUGGCUGCCCGUCUUAUUGGCUGGGCACAACGGGGCUUUGCCGUGCAAGCUGGUUUAGCACAUCGACCUGGUCCAUUAGCAAUUCUGCAUGACGAGGUCGAUGCUACGGGGUCCGAGGUGGCGUCUCCCCCAAAUCUACCGUUGCUUUCGUCAGAGGACAAGGCUCGAUACAAGGUUAUAUUCAAACAGGGUGAGCCCGAAAAUGACAUUCUUGAUGGUGUCAAAGUGUGGGAUAUCAUACUCAAGUCGAGGCUUUCUAUGGACACUCUGACCAAAAUAUGGGAUCUUAUUGACGUUCGACGAUGUGGGGCGCUCAACAUUACAGAAUUCAACCUCGUUAUGUAUCUCAUUCACGGAUUGUUGGACAGCCGCUUUGCAGUUGUACCCGCAUCGCUUCCUUCCCACAUCCUUGAGCUGGCUGAACCAGAUAAAGAUGUCUCCCUUUCGCCCCAAAGUGAUGCCGCGUCCGUCACCGCCACACAGGCGGAUGCUGUCCAAGGCAAACCCAGCCUGAGAAAUGCUUUCACGAGUGAUUUCCACUUCAUUCGGGGUAGUGCUAGUUUAGAAACAUGGCAUCUCCCUGAUAUAGUCAGAGAGUACUCUGACUUCUACUUUGAUGAAUUGAAUCCGCAACGCAAGGAAUAUAUUGAAGGAGACCAGGUUGUGCCAUUUCUACUGCUCUCGAAGCUGCCUCCAACUGAUUUAGCGCAUAUCUGGAACCUGAUUGACCCUACUUCCAAGGGACACCUCACUCGUGGUGACUUUGCACGGGUCAUUUUUUUUGUCUACAGACAGCUGGCAGGCUUCGACAUACCCAUGACCCUCCCCUCCUCGUCUAGAAUCUCUUCCAUAAUUAACCCUUUUGAUAGUCCGAUACCUACUCUAACAAGAUCCGGUGUCAAGAGGUCGCCACUUUCAUUUCCGGAAGACAAACCAUUAUCUCCUAUGAGCGAUUUUUCACACGAAGUUGAAAGUCUGCAGCAGCAGUUAGCAUCUUUGACACAGGUUCAAUUGACCGAGCGAAGCGCGUUGCACUCCCAAAUCCAUGAGUUACAGCUCCUCAAAGAUGACUUGUUGGACGAGAACAGGAAACUACGACUCUCGCUACGAGCCAAAGACGACUCGUUGAAGCGGUCGGUGACGUACUACACAGACAGGGUAUAUGCUUCAAACGUCGAGAACACGAAUCUCCAGGAGAAAAUUGAGCUUAUGGAAGGUAUAAUAUCGCAGCUGGAGGAUUCGCACCAAUCAGCUUUGGAGGAUCUCACACAAACAAAUCAAUUUCUUCAUACGGAAGUUGACAGACUUUCUGAUCAGCUGGAGGCUGCCAAUGCCGAGCAGACUGUGCAGAGGAUGGUCAACGAGGAGCUUUCCGAUGAGCUUGACCGUCUUCGUGUACAGAUACGCGAAUUGCGAGAGUCGACAACACUAUUACCACAGUCCGGCGGCGACGAGGAGCUACAGGCGAUGAUAAACGAAGAUCUAGCCAAGGAAAAUGCGACGUUACGGGGGCAAGUACAGGAACUGGGACAGACAUUGCAAGAACUCCAAACAGCGAAUUCUGAGACUCAGGAUGGGGAGUUGCGGAGAGAGCUGGAAGGGUUACGGGCUGAUAAUCAUCGCUUGAGUCGGAUGCCUGUCACGGAGGAAGCGCCGCCUGCGUAUGAUGACAUUUAG